GUCAGUCACUGUUAUGGAAUAUACCUUAUAUGCUGAUGUCAUCUAUUAUAUUUUUCUUUUAAUACCAAAAUACCCUUUCUAAAUGUUAACUACCUAAAAUACCCAUUUACGGUAUUAUACCCUGUUCCCCAAAUUGAGACCUAACCCAUUCCCAAUCUCCGUGAAGAGCAGCGGCGAUCGAUCUCCGUGAAGAGCAGCGGCGAUCGAUCUCCGUGAAGAGCAGCGGCGAUUGAUCUCCGUGAAGAGCAGCGGAAGCGGUGAUAGAUGGCGACAUGGAAGGAAUCACGGCGGAGCUUCUAAAGACAUGGGGUUAUGGCAAGAUCGAUACUUGCAAUCUCCAAAUUGAUUUCAUCACAACCCUUCCGGCAAAGGCGACGACGGCGGAUUUCAUCACAACCCUUCCGGCGUUCCUCAAGGCUUUUCAGAUUAGCGGCUACGAACCCCCUUCCGGCGACUACGGCGGUAGCAACAACAGAGAUUCCUUCACCUCGGCUCUGAUUCCGAUCAUCUCUAAGGAUAUUGCUGUGAUAAAAGCUUCAGAUCAAAUGGGGAAUGGGAAGAUCGGUGGUAUAGAGAAUAAGGAGAGAGAAGACAAAGAUUUCAUUCAUGCGGAUGCAAGUACGGCAAUUGAAGAACAGCGGCAGCGACGAUGAACGAAGCCGUGGAGGGACUUGCGGCGACUCGUGGAGCAGGCUUCUUCAUCCUUUCAUUUUUGGAUGUGGUUUUGGCUGCACUUUUUGCAUAGAUCUCUUUCCUUCCAUUUUUGAUUUGAUGAAGAAGACCUUCUCUUUUCCUUGUUGGUUUUCAGGAUUUGGAAGCUUUGGCAUGAAUCUUGUCUCUUUGUCUUGGUUUUCCCCUCUUUAUAUGAUCUUGUAUGUAUUGAUCAUAGUUCUUAAUUGGGAUGGAUUGAUUGUUCGGUUUUCAGGAUUUACAAGCUUUGCUAUUAUCAGAAUGAAGGGAAAGCUCAAGACUCCUGCAAUUUCAAGGGCAUCGCCAUGGAGAGAGAGUGAUACAGAGAUAAUGAAACGGUAUACGUGUGAAGAGAGGGGUAUUUUUGGGAUAAUAAGAUAAGGGUGUUUUACUUAUAAGGGUUAAAAUGUCAUUUCAUAGCAUCACUUAACAGAGACUGACGGUAGGGGGUCUGAGUUUAAUUUGGUGAAAGAGAG